AUGAUUCCGGUUGCUGACUUAUCUGAGCAAAUAUCUUUGGUUGGCUUGGAAACAUCUGAUACAUGUAAUAUGAAAAUGAUGCUUAAUAGAGCAUUAACUAUUGGCACAUUGGAUGGCGCAAAUAUUGAAAUGGAUGAGGAAGUUGGACGUGGAAAUAUAAUUAUAUUUGGUAUGCCAGUAACAGAUGUUGAUGCAUUAAAGGGAAAAGGAUAUAAUUCAAGAGAAUUUUAUGAACAUGAACCAGAAUUAAAACGAGCAUUAGAUCAAAUACGUGGUGGAUAUUUUUCACCAGAAGAUCCAAAUUUAUUUGCUGAAAUUGUUAAGAGUCGACUUGGUUCGAAUGGUCAAAAAUAUUGCGAAAAAAAAGAGUCCUGCUUUCAAAAUCAAUUAGUCAUGUGGAUAUUUGGGUAUGGUUCACUUGUAUGGAAACCUGAUUUCCGAUAUAUAAGCCGACAAGAAGGUCAUGUGAAAGGUUUUAUUCGACGUUUUUGGCAACUAUCCGAGGAUCACCGAGGGUUACCAGGAAAACCUGGCCGCGUAGUUACAUUAAUUUCAACUGGAAAUCAAUGUGACUGUGUUUAUGGUGUCGCCUAUGAAAUAUCAAAUGCAGACGAAGUGAGCGUACGCCAUGUGCUUGAUGUACGUGAAAAAGAUGGCUAUACAAUAAUUGAAACAAAUUUUUAUCCAAAAGAUGUCGAACAAAAAGAUAUGACGUGUUACACUUAUAUGGCACAUAGAGAAAAUCCAUUUUGGGGCGGUGAUGCACCGUUAGAUCAAAUAGCUGAACAAAUUGCUCAUGCCUAUGGACCAAGUGGUACUAAUCAUGAAUAUCUAUUUAAAUUAGCAGAAGCCAUACGAACAAUAACGUCGGCACAUGAUGAACAUCUAUUUACACUUGAUCAACUUGUCAAAACAAUCUUAACGCAAGAUGAACAAAAAUAA